GGAAAAGAAGAAGAUGAAAAUUCCGUGCGUUCUCCAACAACGUAACAAAAAAGCGUAUUCCGCGGUGAGGAGAGAACUGUGAAACUGCAGCUAUUAUACGCGCUACGAAUCCGGUCGUUCGGUCGCUAAACAGUGUUCGGCAGUUAAACAAUAGACGGCAACGAGAGGAACCAGUGUUUGCCAAAUUUCGUCAUCCCUCUUCGCGCGAAAACGAGUGCGUGCGUGAUUCAUUUUGCUUCUUGGUGAAGUUUGACCCCGUCGUUGCUUCCAAAUUGAACCGUACCAGCCGUUCGCGGUGAGGUUCGGUUGCGGGGCUCCAAUUACAUAAGUUCUUCUUCAACCUGAAGCCCGCUGGCCACGGAAGUGGCCGCCUGCGUGCCUGCGUGCGUGCGUGCGUGCGUGUGUUUGCCGUGCAGUGGAGAUCGUUACCGGAGAAUUCCGUUUCAGUGAUCCGCAGUUGUAGAAGCACCGUGAUGAAGGUUUCGUCGGGGCCGUCGCUUACAUCGCAAUAAAAGAGAAAUUUGUCACUGGCCAAAACCUCCUCCCGCCAGAAGCUGAAGUGUGGUGGUGUGGCGAUUGCGACGAUAGCUAAUUGACGCUGUAUUCGUUGUGUCUCCGCGGCCCAGCAGCGCAGAUUUUGCGACGUAGCGAGUACGCGGUUCGCUCGCGCCAAAUGCAACCGCGACCAGGGUCGGCACCAGCAUGUUACGGGAACUGAUUGCCUGGGUACUGAACAACUACCUCGGGAAGUAUGUGGAAAACCUCAACACCGCUCAGCUGACGAUUGCUCUGCUUUCGGGACAAGUGGAGCUGGAAAAUUUACCACUGCGGAAGGAUGCAUUACGCCACUUCGGACUACCACUACAGAUCGUUAGCGGUACGAUCGGUAAGGUGAAGCUAACCGUGCCCGUGCGUGCCUUUCGGACCGCCUCCUGGUGUUUGUACAUCGACAACGUGAACGUGACCUGCGGCCCGAUCGAUCUCGAGCAGGACUGGAACGCCGAAGCGGAGCAGCAGACUGAGCUCGAUUUUAAAGUCGCCGCACUCGACCGGCUCGAGGCGAAAUGGCGUGCCCAGCGCGAAACACCCGUCACCGAGGGGAGCUACUAUGCGUCGUCCUACUCCGGGUGGCUCAACUACGGUACCUCGCUCGUUACGAACAUCGUCGAAAACCUGCAGCUCACCGUUAACGGUAUCCACAUACGGUACGAGGAUGGUCUAACUAUCCCUAGGCAGCGGUUCGCCUGUGGCAUCCAAAUAGAGGCUCUGUCGGCGCAAAGCUGUGAUGAACAGUGGGUGCCGGGUUCGCGAGGCACACCUAACUAUGCCUGGGCGGCCCAGCAGCUUACCUAUAAGCUGGUCGAGUUGAGCAACUUCUCCGUCUAUUGGGAUCCGCGGGCGGCCGACGAUGGAACCUCCACCGUGCACAUUAUCAGUCCGAUUAGCGUGCGGGCACAGCUACAGCGGGAUCGCAGCGAAACCCCGCUUCGGACCCGCAGCCGGCCACGCCUUGUCUGUGACCUCAUCUGGGAUGAGAUCAAAAUAGUGCUGAGUGAUAUACAGUAUAAUCAGAUGAUGCAGUGUGUCCGGGGUCUCGACGAUAUAGCACGGUAUCGAAGGUUUAAGCUGAUGCGACCAGCAACGGCGAUCGGUGCUGGAACAGGGGCGGCACGUUCUUGGUGGCGUUACGCAGUACGAUGCCAUGGUUUGUGUCAUCAUUUGGGAGCGGAUCCGUUCGAGAUCGCUCACGAAAACAUGCAAUACAUACGCAUCUACAAACGGGUCGUCGCGAACCCGAACGAGGUACUGUCAAGUGCGGACAAACAGUUUAAGGAUCGAUUAGAACGUGAGCGAACGUUCGACGAGCUGAGACUGCUAAGGGACAUUUGCAUGGCCCAGAUGGCACCGGCAUUGGUAAAGUCACCAAUCGGUGCGAGUGCUAGUGCCGGUAGCGGUGCAGCGAGUGGAACGAAUCAAGGGAAGACACUUCUAGUGCACUUCUUCCCCCAGUGGUGGGGAUGGUAUAGCAGCAAUAAUAAUAAUAAUAAUAAUAACAAUAGCAAUGACGGUACGCCUCCGGGAGCGGGCGAAGAAGAUCUAGCGGUACUCGGUGCACUGCCUACGGAUGACCAACAGUCAGGAGGAGAAACUGGAGGAACCACUGGUUUCUGGGGCCAAGAGGAGCUUAGUCAAGGUGGGACCAAUUUCGAGGACGAAAUACUGAACGCGUUGGCCGGUUCGGUAGAGUCGAACUCGUUGCUGAAGCGGGAUGCUGUGUUUGGGAAGUUUAAGUUCAUCCUGAAGCGUGGAACGAUCGAUUUCUGCAGCGCUCUCGAGAUGACACCAAAGCUGCAGUUUUUGUUCCAGGAUUUGAAGAUGGAUGUGGAAUCACGACCGCGUAGCGGGUCGCAUUAUGUUGGUCUAUCGCUCGGAUCGAUCUUGGUUAAGGAUCGGCUAACGGUAAACUCACAGUUUCCGGAUUUGGUGAAACCACAGCAAAAGGAUGAAGGAGUGUUGCUAGUGCAAACGACAUCGUCAGCGAUGGUGAACGUGAAAUCGUCUACCACGGGUACACCACUAGCCGCUCCGGGUACCGUAUCGUCUACUGGUGGACGAAGAUCAAUGGGAGCAUCGGAUGCGCCGAUGGUGGAACCCCUAUUUCAGCUCCAGUAUGAACGGAAACCCCUGUCCUACGACACCGACUGUCGGUUGAUGGUAAAAUCGAAAUCCCUCGACAUUGUUUACAACAUGGAAGCUGCUCGGUGGCUGGUGGACUUUCUAGCAAAGCCCCAUCAACAAUACGAUGCCCGUCGCCGGCUGGAGGACAUGAAAAACAAAACGAAACAGGAGCUAAUGCGUAACUGGAACUACAUCAUCGAGGGUCAUCUGAGCGAGCGGACGACGUGGACGCUAGAGUUCGAUAUCAGCGCACCGCAAAUCAUCUUUGUUGACAAUUUUAGCGAUCGCAUCAACAGUACGAUCAUUGUGGUGGAUUUUGGUCGUUUGCAGCUUACGAACGGUGGGAGACAAGGACUUUCACCAGCACCGGGUGGUGUGAGUACCACUGGAACGGCAUCCGGUACGAAUGGGCAACGAGGGAGUGCCUAUGCUGGUGGUGGAGGGGCAGGUACGGGAGGACGUGCUGUUCAAAAGUCACCCGAUCAGACAGAAAAUGAUGAGGAUGAUGCAUUUAUGACACCCUGCUCAACGCCACCGGGUUCGGAGGCGAGUACCACAGACUCGCCAACGCUCGAGAGCGCCAUGUCGGAGCUACCCGGACAGCAGCAGGCUGGCAACGACCGAAUCGGGCCUGGUGGUGCAGCGCUUUCAAUGGCAGCGGCAGCUGAGGCGUUGAGUGAUUUUCAGCUUUACCAAAGACUGUACGAUCGCUAUCACAUUCAGUUAACGGAUCUACAGGUGCUGGUCUGUCACGCGAAGGAGCGCUGGACUACGGCUAGUCAGAAGGGAACGUCGAACCUACACGUGCUCGAUCGGUUCAGCAUCGUGCUUCAGGUCGAGCGGCGUGUUGUGUACACGAACGAUCCACAAUACCCGAGCCUUACACUAUCCGGUACGCUACCGAAACUGAACGCACACAUCAACGAGUACAAGGUAUCCUCGAUACUGACCCUUGCUAACAAGCUUACUCGUGCUGGGGGACCGACUAUGCAGACACCGGUUCCGCCGCCACAUCACGUCGAUGGUUCAACAGUGAAGGCGAAUGUCACGAAACUGGCUAACGAUGGGAUGAACGGCGAGGAAGAUACGACGAGUUCCGAGGGGUCGUCGGUGACGAACAUUGUCGUGUUUCAGUUCACCAUCGAUCAGAUGUCACUGGAGGUGCAAUCACGCGGCAGAAGUGUCGCCGAGUUGCAGGUAUCGGGCGUAAAGGCGGGCUACAGUCAGCGUCCGGAGGAUAUCAGCCUGACGCUAUCCGUGCAUGGACUCCUGCUGGUCGAUGCAAUGCAAUCGUUUGGUCAGGAUUUUGAGCUGCUAAUCGCCAGUCAUCGACAUGUCGGAAUGGACAGUCUCUCCGGAAGUCUGCUCCAAAGUGAACCAAGCUCACCAUGUUCACCCGCAUCACCUCCAGAUCCGAUGGCAGACUACAAUCGUCCAACUAGUCCGCUUACCAUAUCUAAAGCGUUAAACAAUCUGCAGCGAGCAAAUUCUCCCACAUGGAAUGCGGCAUGGUCGGCACUCGGCGAUCUAGAUGCACUAAUCACGGUGGAGAUCGUGUUCGUUACGGCCGAAAGGCCUGAAGAUCGGUUACAGGUGGCUAACAUACAGUUUAACAACUUGGAUAUCAUCGCCAAUCAAGAAACGAUCGUUGAAUUGCUUGGCUUCGUAAAGCGUGUUAUCCCACCUCCAGUACCUACGCCACCAGAACAAACCAAUGGUGGUACUUAUGUGCUCUAUGCUGCUGGUGAUAGUUGGCCACCUACUUCUCCGGAAACAUCACCGCACACCCCAAAACCAACAAACGACACUCGCCAACGACCAUCGGACACGGUUGACGCAGGUGAAGCACCGACGGAGGUGCCGAACCCGGUGCGUCUUGAGAUAACGUUCGACUUCCAUCGGUUGAAUGUGCUCGUGCUACGCGCGUUGAUUCGUGACAACUAUCUCGUUGGCCGUAAGGUGGGCACGUUCACGAUGUCAGAAGCGAAGAUUCAUGCCACGCUUGGAUCGGUUAUUACGGUCGAAGGUUCGUUAGGUGGGCUGCAAGUGUUGGAUCUUACACCCGAAGGUGUCAACCAUCAGCGCAUCCUUUCCGUUGGUAAAGAUCCGCUUACCGAGCCCAGACGCGGUCCAGCUUCUGAGGGCGAUGCAACGGCGGAUAGAGAUGGUGUUGCAGGGGAACCGGAUCUGAUGAAGUCGCUGGCACAGGAAGUGUAUGGUAUGAUGGGUGUAGGCGCUAAGCGCAGCUCUUCGCCAGGCAUCGAUCAGCAGCAGACGCUGCACGAAGAAAGGCAGGCCCUUUCGUUUCGUGUCUCGAAGGAUCUGAACGCCUGUAUCGAUAUCCGUGUGAAGAUGGCUUCGGUGUGGUUUAUACACUGUGCUCGAUUUAUGCAAGAGCUGAGCUGGUGUGCGACCGAGUUUAAGCAUUAUCUCAAGAACCUGGCCCGCUCGAUUAGGGAGAAGGCCACGGACAUGGCAUUGGGUCUCGUACAAUCACGGACGGAUUUGUCUGGAAGCCGGCCGGAGAGUAGCUACGCUUCUCCUAGACGCGUCCGGCGACAGCGAACGGUUUCCCUUUCCCGGACGCAGGACGUACUGCUCAACUCGGACUAUACGCUGAAGAUGGAUAUUACGUUAGAAACUCCAGUACUGAUACUGCCACGCAGCAGCAGCAGCCCUCAAGUGCUGGUCGCUCAUCUCGGGCGUAUCACAGUAAGCAAUACGCAGGAACAGACUGGGAACUCUAGCCCCCCGGAACGCAUCGUUAUCAACGUUUCAAACCCUCCGACGGUGCUGCUUGAGGAGGAAGGCUAUACCUUCGGUGGUCAGCGCUGGCGCGACGAUGAUGGAGCCGAUCGGACGUCGAUCGAUUGCAACCUAAGCGAUUUGGAUGGAAUCUUUGAACCACCGCUGGACGGAUCCACGGCUGGUAAUAGUGGCCGGAUACGGUUUGCCAAAGAGGACUCGACGGAAUUUAUUGAUAGUAUAGCGGCCGAUGGAGGAGUAGCAGCAGGUCGUCCAACAGGUGGUUCAACAGGAACGAUUGAUUUGGAUGUGUAUAGGAUUGACUUCCGGAACAUUAAUCUCUACUCACUCGAUACGACCAACCGGAAGGGAUUCCGCUUUGCUGGAUUACCGAGAGCGGAGGAUCUGUAUUCGUGCAAAAAGAACGCUAUCCCAAUCAUACACGAUACGAUCUUCAGUUUGGAGAUCUACCGUGAGCAGUGCGGUAGUGCUAGCGAUGGUGGCGAAUGUGAAGAUGGUAGCGACGGUUUUCGUAUUGUGGGUUGCGUCGUGAAACCCUUACGUUUGUCGCUCAAACGCCAGCAGUACGAGCAGCUUCUGGAGACGAUCGAUAAUUUGUUCAAGAUACCGAAAGACCUAGUACGGCCACCGAGCGAAGUACCGACGACACUGGAAAAGGUAACCGAACUGGCCGAGGAAUCAUCCUUCCACACCUUUCCGCUACCCUCGAAGGCACGCCAGGCACUGUUCUAUCAGGUCAGUCUCGACGAUCACCGUGCCCUGGGCGGUGCUGGUGGUGUUGGUGGUUCUUCCUCGUCUACGAUCGCUAUUCGGGUUCAUUUUGAGUUACCAGCGUUCAUUAUCCAGUUAAACGGUAAUCGGAACGAGGCACUGGUGCAAAUUUCGUUCCGCGAUUUCUGUGUUGAUUUCGAUAAGAGAACACAGUAUGAAACGCACAUCAAGAUAUCACUUCGUUCGCUGCUCAUGGAGGAUCUGCUGCAACCGGAUACGGCCAAAAACCGGUACAUGGUGGUGACGUCGGCGGAACGGGACUCGGCGACAGCGCGGCUUAACUGCUCUUCGUUCGCAUCACACUCGUGUCCCAAUUUGGUCGGUUUGCUGUUGGCCAACAUGGAAGGGUUACCUAACUCUUUACCGACUAAUCUGGAAGAUAAGACUGGAUUCGCCUUUUUGACCGCAAACAAAUCGCUCUGUCCAGAGACUCCACCCCCGACACCCUCGAUACGUAAGCCAAGCCCCGGGGGACGGUUGGAUCCGGAGGAAAAUCUCGUUAUCUACAGCUCGGUGCUGGUCGAUCCUGCGUGUUCAACGUUCGCCACGAAGUUCGGUUCGCUGCAGCAGUCCAGCUUUAUCGAUUUCAAUUCACUCGAUCUGAUCGUAUCGGUCGAGAGCUGGUUUGUGCUGCUGGACUUCUUCGGUCUGCUGUCGGAUUCGGAAUCGGACUCACCUUCGAGUGGUGAUAGAGCGAGUGGUUCAUCAUCGAAUCGAGCUGAUGCUGGACUAGCCACCGACGGCGCUUCAUCAAAAGGUAUCAAUCAACAGCAGCCCGUUGAACCGGCGACAGCAGCGAACACAAUCGGACAGUCGAAGCUUGAAAUUUCGGUUCGAUCUUUAAGUCUGGUGUUGGCCAAACCUACGUACGAGAUUGCAAAAGCGAACGUCUCGAACGCACAGCUCACCAUCUCGAAACGAGGCGUAGCGAAGCAGGUCGAGGGAAGCCUGGGGUCAAUCACACUCAGUGAUCUCACGCAGUAUGGCUCGCUGUAUCGAGAGAAGUUUAUGACGACCGGUACGGAAGCGCUGAGCUUUGUGUAUGUUCGUGAUACGGCUAAAGGAGGUAUGGCCACGGCAACCGGUCGUGGUCUGCAAAAGGAUGCCCAGCUAUCGAUCGAUAUGUCUUCGGUGCGGUACAUCCACACGAAGCGCUUCAUUGCGGAAAUUCAGCUUUUCUUCCGAGAGUUUUCCCAUCUCCAAACGCCAAUGAUGAGGAAAAUUAAACCUUCGGAUGCCCGAGCGUACCACAAUCAGCGACCGACACAACUUGGGCUGGCUAUCAAUGCAGGCGCACCGAUUAUACUGCUACCGAUGAGCUACAAUAGCGAACAUGUGAUCGUAGCAGAUUUGGGUGAGUUUAGGUUAACGAACGAGUUCCGUCUGAGUGCUGGCGAUCGUGAGGUGCUCGAUGUGAUGCACGUCAACCUCUUCCACACGGAUAUCUUCGCCGCUCGCAUGGAGGAGAAGCCGGAUGAACGGUUUAUUAGUGUACCGGCGGCAAUGGCGGGGGUAAAUACCUCCAGUGACGGUGCAUCAUCGUCGUCCGUAAUUGAUAUGCGUGGCUAUCGCUUGGUGAGGAAGGGAGCCUGUUUGCUGAAGGAGAAGUGUCACUUGAAGCUGGAGGUAGAACGGAACUUGGACUCGCUGACCAGUCAUUUCGUUCCGGAUAUAAGUGUACGUGGUACCCUGUCGAAGUUGGAUGCCCUGUUGGACUUGCAGCAAUAUCGCCUGAUACGUGGCUUUCUGUCGCACAAUCUCGGUGAAACGAUCGAUGAGCUCUACUUGCGUGCGUUCUCCAUUCCAAACAGCACGCUUACCCUGAACGCGACCGAUGCACUAGGAUCCGCUGCCGAUAGCAUCCUAGACGAGGUGUGGAAGAACCUUUCGAUCAAUCUCGAACUGUUGGAUGUGUCCGUCCGCUUGGUUCAAACGCUAGACGAUCCGCGUCAAACGGUGCAACCGUUAGCGUGUGUUAACUUUAUCAAAUCAAAGCUUCUAGUCGAUUGCUUCAGUGAUGGAGCACAAGAUAUCGAUUUGGUAUCGCAGGAGAUUCAGUUGAUCGAUACACGCUUCCUGACGGACGAAGGUACAAGCCCGAGGUGCGGUGAAGUACAAAACGUGUUUCCCAACAUUCUUCAGCCAAUCCGCGGCGAACCGGGGACGGAGUUGGUACAGGCGGAAAUUCAUAGCCGACGGCGCCGCGAGCUGACUAAAUUUACCAUUCUGUUGAACAACAUGCGUCUAAUGGCAAUACUGGAUUGGUUGGAGAACGCGCGGGAUUUUAUCUUGCAACAAGAGGAUCCACCGGCUCAACCAGCAGCGUUGCUGGUUGAUGACACAAACGUUAGUACGGCCGUCCCACGAAAUAGCCCCAACGAGGCACCACGGCGCAUGGCACCGACAGCCCCGGCCGAGGAGGGUCGCAUGGAACUAAAGCUUAACAUUACCGAUUCGGAGUUGGUGUUUGUGGAGAAAACGGAUCAGCAUGAUACGAAUGCCGUCAUUCUGAAGAGCACAACAGUCGUAUCGUAUCGUCCUUUCGAAGCGAACAAAACGCUUUCGAUCAAUUUGAACAAUCUGGAAGUGUUCUCGUGUAUCUUCGGGGCCGAAGAUCGGACCGCACUGUCGAUCAUUGAUCCCGUCACUAUCAAUAUGGAUGUGAAAAAGGGAGUUCUUGAGAUUCAAAUGCAGAAACAAUUGUGUAUUCGCUUGUCCUAUCACGAUGUGCGAAUGUUUCGGCAGAUGCUAGAAUCGCUUCCCGAACAGACGAAGAAUGCUCGGCAGCAGCUACACCAGCGCAAGGAUGGCAGUAGGAAGAGCUAUGCCAGAUCCGUUUCGGGCGAUUGCGGUAACGGUGGCUAUGAUGGGGAAAUGGUGAAUCUAAAAUCCGUCGAAAAGCUUGUCCACCUUGGGUUCAAGCGAGACGAUUGUCUACAAGCGCUGGAGCGAUGUAGCAAUCAGCUGGAUGAAGCGGCUCUCUGGUUAACGCAAAACAAGGAACCACGGCGGCACGACGAAUCCGGCCGCAUGCUGAGCCACAGCAGCAGUGUCGGAAGUGGCACAGACGGUGGUGCAGGUGGUGAAGGUGAUGGUUCUUUUAGGAUUAAUGCUAUCGAGCUAAAGUCUCCCUGCAUUUCGAUAUGCGUGAUUGACGAUUGUCGCGAUGCGGAUGUGCCACUGAUGGAGCUUUCGUUGAGCAAGCUCGAUCUACGGCAAGACGUUGGUCAAACGCGGUAUCGCACUGAUCAACAGCAACAACAGCAUACAGCGGUAGAAAACGCGAGACAAGCGCUAGCCAUCAGUGACGGUGUCGGUGAUGAUCCUCUCGGCGCUACGUUUUCCGGCUUCAACGCGGGCCGUAUAUCGGGAGUGUUUGCAAUCGAUUACUACAAUCGUGUGCUGAGCGGCUGGGAACCGAUGAUUGAACCUUGGAAGCUGGAAGCGAAAUGGGGUUACAGCCAACUGACGAUUGGUUCGGAACCACCGACCGGGGCAUCCGGAGGCAAUCGGUUGAAUAUGCGCGUGGAAAGCAACGAUACGCUGAGGCUAAACGUCACCAGCACACUGAUUGAGCUGAUAUCCAUGGUGAAGGACAAUUGGAUGCAGGAUCUGUAUUCGGAUACGACGACAACAACGAAGGGAAGUGAUAGUUCUCCCACAUCUGUUUCGCAGGCACAAUUGGUUGCAACGAGAGGCCAGCAAGCUCACUAUCGUCAACGGGCACCGUUCAUACCUUUCGCGAUCAAGAAUGACACUGGCGUACGUCUAUGGUACACAACGCUGAUCUCCUCGGAGCUCAUUUCCUCGCUUGGUCGUAGCUCCCUGAGCUCGAUGCCCAAUGUACCAGCGGAAGCUAACUGGACCCUGGUGGAACCGGGCUCGAUGGCGACUUUCUCAUACGGGACACGUAACAAGGCACGGCACCGGGAUAGCCAUAAGGUGAACCUGCACCAGAUAGCUGUACGCGUCGAGGGUUGGCAGGAGGUGGGACCGAUUUCAGUCGACCGUGUCGGGACAUACUUCCGCCAUGCGCGGCCAGACCUGUGUACCGUUUCCGAUUACUCGCAAAUUCCCCGUGCACGGAUCGUGUUCGGUGUGACGAUGGAAGGUUCGGCCCAGAAGCUGAUCACCGUCCGGUCGGCACUGAAGCUGAUUAACAAGCUCGAUCUGCCGGUACUCGUAAAGAUGGAACACUUGUUCGGUCAUCUCAACAUACGCCACUGGCCCGAUACCAAAACUGCCAUACUGCACUCGAACGAGCUGCUUCAUGUACCGUUGACGCAUGUCCAUGCGGUCCUCUACUUCCGACCGUUAGUUUCGAACGCUACCGUUGCCAGCGCGAUCCCUGGCGAUCAGCAGCUGGAGCAACAAUCUGCGUCAUCCCGUUCGGCUUCACCGGUGACGGCAUUAGCGACGAUGGGCAUCGGUGGUUCGCAGCAGAGCAAUUCAAGCGAUGGCUGGAGUCUACUGCAGCGGUUCGAUGUUCCGAAGAUGCUCGCUCAUAAUGGAUUUCAGUUUACCGAUCGCGGUGUGCAGUGGUCUGAUGCGAUCGAACCGGGCGAGAACUAUCAGGAGCUACGCAGUUGUCGUGGGCCACGGGAUAAAACCUGUAAGCUGUUACUGUCUAUCCGCAAGGAACCGUAUCCGGCGAAAGAGGUGAUUCAUCUACCGGGCCACGUGAUCACUAUUUGGCCCCCAUUGCGCAUUCACAAUCUGCUGCCCUGCGAUUUGCUCUAUCGGUUGCCAUCGGGCAGCCAGGGUCGGAUUUCAUCGUCGGAAACUGCACGCAUCACCGAGGUGGAUAUCGAACAGCAGAUCGUGCUGGAAGUAACGCUUGAUAGUUAUCCUAAUGCCGGUUUUGUAACAAUUCCUGCUGCUACGUACGGUACGGUUACUCAAGAUGUUCGUCUGUUCGAUGUAUGCAAACGCAUGCUGAAGCUAUCGGCCACGAUCGUGACGAUGCGGGGUCGCGGUGUACAGAUAUCGAUCGGUGCACCGUACUGGUUGGUUAAUCGAACCGGGCUUCCGCUCGUCUUUCGCCAGGAUGAUCUCGAUACCGAGUGUGCCGGGCAGUUUUCGGAGAAUGAACAAGCCCGUAUGAUCAGUCCGUUCAUGUUCGCCUUCAGCGAUCCGAGCUGUUCGGGUGCACUGACGAUGCGGCUGGGACGGCGUUAUGGCUCCAAUCUGCAGUGGUGUCAACCGUUCAAGCUGGAACAGAGCACUCAGCAUCGGCAGUUGAUGGGUGUGUCGGAAACGUUUAUCAUCGGAAUAGAGGUACGGCGUGCUCGAGGAAAGUAUGGUCAAACGUCGAUCGUGACGUUCUCGCCGCGCUAUCAGCUGUACAACCGCAGUAGUUACAAGCUGCAGGUGCUGCAGAAGUGUCUCGUCAGCAGCACGACCGUUUAUGAUCCUGCUGCCCGGUCAGCCUACAUCGAAGCCGUACCGGGUUGUCAUAUUCCCUUCCACUGGCCACGGUUAGAGCGCGAGCAUGAGCUAUGCGUACGAUUGCCCGAGGUACCCGAGUGCCUUUGGUCGGGCGGUAUACCGAUCAGUGGGACAGGGCUCAGCUUGUAUAUCAACAUCCGUAACAUGAACGGUGCCAUGCACUUCCUGCGUCUUGAAACGAUCCUGCAUGGCGCAACAUACUUCAUGGUGUUUAGUGAUGCGCAAGCGCUGCCACCGCCGAUCCGGUUGGAUAAUUACUCGCACGUACCGAUCAGCUUCCACCAACCGGUGACAUCUGCCGGUCGUUCCAUUUUUAAGACGAUCGUACGGCCUCACUCGUCGAUCGCUUACGUACUGGAUGAACCGACCGGACCACCAUACCUGCAGCUCGAGGCUCCCGGGGGUGAUUACUCCAAUUGUCGUCUGGAAGGUGGUUUCGAACCGUUCCGGUUGAUGUACGAAAACUUUAUCUACAUCGCGUUUGGGCAAACAUUCGAAUCAUCUGUGCCCUCGUACGCCGGUGACGGCGGUCGCUUCGAUGUACAAACGCUCCAGCUAGUGCUAGGUGUGGUCGAUGGAAGGGUGCUGCUGGUGCGCAAACAGGCCGGAGAUCGGUCCCAGCUGUGGCGCAUGAACAACGAAAAACAGUUGGAACACGAAGGCACAUCACCACCUAGUGAACCGGGCAAGAAACAACCGCGGUACGUGCUGGACCUCGAGAAACCGCCACAACCGAUGCAUCUGAUCGGGCUCGUCGUACGACCAGCAAAUCGGCAGCGAAAACUGACACAAACCUGGCGCUUCACCGAGGAUGGUCGGCUGAUGUGUGAACACUCUAACAUGUGCGUCCAGGCAAGGGGCGGAAUUUUUGGUUUGCGCGAAGGAUCGGAGGCUGUUCUGGGGAUGUGUGUAUCGGACACGAAGGUCGUGACCAAAUGUGGCGUACCGUUUGAGCAGGCGAUCGAACGGCAAAAGUUGCGCCCCGGUUCCGGAUGCCUCUCGGUGGCGUACCGAAUGGAUGGUCCGAUCAAAUCGAUUCAAAUUCGUGACGUCAAGGCCGGUAGUAUCGGACCGCUCACGUUGGAUGCGAGCUGGAAGCAUGUUUCUCACAUUUUUGCUAACGAAAGCAGCACCGAUCAUCAUGGGUCGUUUGAGGAACACCAUCAACAGCUGCAGCAGGAACUGCUGGGAUCGUCACCGCGGGCCAAGGCAUGGCUGGAACGAGCGCAGCGGAAUGAGGAGAUGGCGAAGCGUAAGGAGUCUUCCGUUAUGGCGUACCAUGUGCAGCUGAAGCUACGCAAAGGCAUUGGAUUAUCGCUCAUCUCGAACCAACCGUGCGAAGAGAUCGCCUACGUUACGCUCGAAAACAUCAACAUGGAGUGCAUACGAUCGCCAACAGUGAAUACACUUGACUUUAGUGUCGGUGAUAUGCAGAUAGACAAUCAACUGUUUGAAACGUCCUGUCCGAUCAUGCUUUACACCUUUGGUGGUAGUGGUGGUGGUGGUGCCGGUAGUGCGGAUUCGACUCAAAUGUCCUCGACGGUCAGUGGUAGAAGAACUUCGACUGGCAGCAAUUCCCCGUCAUCACUGCAGCUCAACGUACGGCAACUACCAAGCCCCAACACAAAUGCUGUCAUCUUCGAGCACUUUAUACUUAGUAUCCGACCAGUGGCGGUCUAUUUGGAAGAACGUUUAUUCCUACGAUUGGUUAAGUUCCUCGGGUUUGCUAAAACGACCGUCGAUCCGACGACCCUACCCGAUGAGACGGAUUACGAGGCGCAGAAGAUCAUCUACAAGGUGCUCGAUAGCAACGUGAAGCGGUACUACUUUGGUGAUCUGCGCAUCAUACCGAGCCAGAUCCGGCUAAGCUUCGUGACGGCGAGCAAGCUGACGCCCGAGUUUGCCGAGAUCAAGCGCAACCUGGGCUUCACGUUCAUCAAGUUCGAGGAUGCGGUCAUCAACUUCGAGCAGUUCGCACACAAGUAUCACUUCGAGACGCUCGACGCGUAUCUGAACGCGAUCCGAGUGCACUACAAGCAGGAGUUGAAGUGGCAGGCCGCUUCCAUCCUCGGUAGUGUCGAUUUCCUCGGAAAUCCGCUCGGUUUUGCGAACGAUCUUUCGGAGGGUUUCUCGAGUUUGUUACUCGAGGGAUCGAUCUCGUCGCUUGUGAAGAAUGUAACUCACGGUAUCUCGAACUCGACGGCCAAGCUAACGGAGACGAUUUCCGAUGGGUUGGGCCGUGUCGUGUUUGAUGAUGAGCACGUGGAACGGAGACAACGCAUUUUGGACGUUUCCGGCGGUGUUGGUAGUAGCAGCGGAACUACCGGUGAUCAUCUGGUGGCCGGAUUUAAGGGGUUCACAUUCGGACUGAUCGGUGGCGUGACGAGUAUUGUCAAGCACACCUACCAGGGGACGGCCAACGACGGGCUAUCCGGGUUCAUCACUGGUCUCGGUAAAGGGUUAGUCGGUACGGUAACGAAGCCCGUGAUCGGAGUGCUCGAUUUGGCCUCGGAAACGGCGAAUGCGGUUCGUGAGCAGAGCAAAGGCUCGAAUCGGAUUCUGCCCGAGCGCAAACGUUUACCACGGACGGUCACGGGUGCUCCGGGCGGGUUGUUACCGCCCUACUCGAACUUACAGAGCACCGGGCAGCACUAUCUGUUCCUGAUCAACAAGCGCAACUUCAGCGAACAAUUCAUGGCGUAUGAACCGUGUCUGCUCGACACGAAGGACUCCAAGAUGAGGCUGCUUGUGUCGGCCGAGAACGUGUGGGGCUUUUCGAAGAACGGGGAAACAACGAUGAUUGUGUUCCACUAUCCGAUGAGCGAGAUCAUCUCUUGCCACCCGGAAACGAUCACGGCGGGAAGUGGUGCAAGCGAGCAGGGUAGCUCCACGGCGACAAAAGGAUCUAGUCACCGGCGUACGAUCACUUACAUCGAGUUUUGCCUAUCGCUACCCUCCAAGUCCUCACUUACACCGAGUGCACCGGAAAUGGUGAAACGGCCACGUGUGCGCUGCCAGAACGAGGAGAUUGCAAAGAAAGUUUGCUAUUAUAUUAACUUUGCCAAGUGCAUCUACGAUGAGCGAGAGCAGACACUCAAUAUCAAUACUGUGAUUGAAUAGUAGUGCGGCCGGCCCUCCUUGGCUCGGGGGAACGCGUUGUGGUGGUGGUGCUGUGUACCGAAACCGAACGAUGGACCAAGGCCGGAGCCCACUGGUUGAGCAUGCCAAAGCAAUCUGAAUCAAAAAGCUAAUAGCUAAUAGUACCAGCAAUCCAAACACAUCACACUUAAGGAAUGUGGGGAAGGAAAGGGAAGCAAGGAACUGGAACCAAAAAGGGUGCCCUCUUCAUCCAACGGUUAUCUGCAACGACCUGUGGUGUUAUCAUUAAAUUUUGGAGCAAAUUACGUUAAGUUUAUCGUACUCUUGUUGGGAGCCGUUUCAUACGAUUGUUUUCUCUUUAAUUUUGUCAUCGGUUGGCGAAUGACUGUGUCUGGUGGAGGAUGGU